CAGUCGCCGGGGGUUGCUGUGGCGACGGACUAAACCAGAGACUGUCCUCCAGGUUGCAACAGCUUAGUAGGAGCGGAGGGAGAGGAGAGUUCAUUUAUUUGCCACGCAACGCGCAAGGUGUUGCUGCAGCGGCUAGAGGCAAAGACGGAGCAGGCGCAACAAAGUCAGACCAUUGUGAGAACAUAAGAAAAAAGAGUCUGUUGGAUCAAGCCAAUGGCCCAUCUAGUCCAGCAUCCUGUUCUCAUGGUGGCCACUCAAAUGCCUAUGGGAAGCCCACAAACAGGACCAGAGCCCAACAGCACUCUCUCCUCCUGAGGUUUACAGCAACUGGCAUUUGGAAGCAUACUGACCCGGAGAGAGCACAGUUCCUCUAACACGAAGAGCUGCUGUAAGCACCUGUUGACAAAUACCUGUGACAACACCAUCACACCACCUCCCAUUGCCCAGGAACAUUUUUUAUUUAAUGUGAGGGAUGAACAUCCAUAUGCCUCAAUAUCAAGUUGUAACCUUUGAUCACACAAGAAAUGCUUCUUUGCUGUUACUGCGGUCUUCCCUGGAGAGAACAACAGAGAAGAAAUAAUUAAAGCAUGAACAAAACCAAGUAUCUCAAAACAAGCCCAUCUGGGCUGGGUGAGGACCAGGUUUUCUCCUCCAUAUGUGGGCCCACAGUGCUGACUCUGGCGAUGUGUCUGCUCUUUAAUGUGAGUACCCAGAGAGCAGAGCCCUGCUGUCUGUGGCCAGGACUUCUGAACAGCAUCUGAGCAGUCUGACAAAUCCUUCAUCCUCUUGCCCUCUUCCUUCUAAAAACAUCAGUCUGUUAGAUCGUCCAUGCCGAUUUGCUAUGACAUACAUCAGCAUUGAUGAGAGACAGGAACAAUGUCGGGUAAUUUUGAGCUGCCAGAAUAAUCAGCUGUACACACAACAUGGCUUAAAGGAUUUCUCAAUUAGUAGCAUGCAUCCACUAAAGAACUUAGACUCUCAUAUUUUUCCUGGAGACUGUAAUCCCGUGAGCAAAGCAGGCAACAAUGCAGGGGCACACCUGUAUCAGAGUGUGGAGAAUCUACACUGGGCCACAGGGGCUGAUUCACAUUGUCAUCCCCACAGUGGUAAUGUAGACAAAGAAUUUGUUGUCCAUUACAAAGGCACAACUCAUUGGUCCAAGUAUUCCAUGGAAGGUAUGCCAUCCCCCAGCUCACCUGAACGUUGCCGACACUUCCCCAUUCCGUUGGGCCAAAACCCACCUGCAGGGCAAGACGUCGCCUUUCCCCCUUCUGCCAAAGUGCCUCCAUGGCUUUUCUCCUCCAUAGAUGGGGAUGCCAAAAAAAUUCUGAAGGAAAAACUGAGAAUUCACAGUCCUAAAGCUACAGAGAUUUGCAAGCCUCUCAGACCUCAGGUUUCCUUGAACGACCUGGUUCCAAGGGAAUGUUCUGAAUGCCGGGCAUGCCAGCAAUGUAAGAAUGGCUGUUCAUUUAACUGUUGCACUGUAUUUGUGCACCACGCCACCCUUGCUCAUGAACCAUGGACAGCUCUGGGGAGGCAUCAGCCAUGCUUCUCUCAUCGGCUCACUAACCCAGAAGACAUCAAACAAGAAGCUCGGAGAAGGCUACAGAUCAGGAGGCAGAACAGCUCACCUACCUUGAGUCUCCAUUGUGCCAGUGACAUCCAGGAGAUGUUCAAGUCUCAAACCACGGGGUCCUUAAAAGGAUAUGAGGGGGAAGGGGGUGCCAAAAGGACUUUGGAACUGAGCAGAAAAGGAAACUGCAAAGAGAGACUCUAUAUUCCAACUUUUGAAGAGUUCAAGCGGAUGAGAAUCAAGGAGACAUGCUUUCUUGAAGGCAGCAAUGAAAUGGCAAAAGAUGUGAAGGAAGGAACCCAAGAAUUGGAAGAAAAAAGAAACCAGAACCCUUGCUCAGGUGCCCAGCAAGUUCUUGCCAAAGAAAUGGUUUCAACAGUAGAUGAUUACGAUGAUGUGUUUCAUGAAAAUACCCAGAGCACAUCUGGCUUUGUUGGCUAUCAAGAUCAUUCAUCCACAUGGGACAGGAGCUUCUGCCUGAUGAAAGUGCCUGUGGCUAGGGACAAACACAAUGAGGUGCCAACUUCAGACAGAAUCCCAGCCCCCAUUUGCUCUAGUCCAAUUCCAAGACCACCUCUACAGUCUGCUACAUCCCUUAGGGAGGAGGGAGGGAAAGUCUGUGCUGAAGGGGAGAAGCAGGGAGUGGAUGCAAGACAACUAAGUGAAGCCCUUCACCAUGCUGGACGGUCCGUGGUGCCUGAAAACCAGUCUUCUUGCUGCCCAUUGCUAUUAGAAGCAACAGAUAUAUCCAGCUAUGGAGCUAAGCUGCAGAAAAUGAAGGAUGGAUUUAUAGGUUCUGCAUUGGACCUUAUUAAGAAGAGCUGCAGUGCUGAAGCUGCCCCUGAGUCCCCUUCCAAAGAAUCAUGUGAACUUAAGAAGGAUGACCUCACUUUUGGGGAGGACUGUCAUCAACCCACAAACUCCAGUCCCAGUUACCACAGAUCCAGUUCUGACAUCUCAUGCGAAACUUCGGACUGCACCAAAGCUCAGCGGGAGUGUCGGUUGCGGCCUCAUUUCAGCGAUCCGAUGCCGACAGAUGCAGUGAAGAGGAAACAACUAGAGCUGAAGAUCGCUGCAGUAGCACGUCAGCAUGCCCAGAAGCACCGGCAAGAGAGAGAGACCAGCCCAGCACUGACUAAAGCCAACCUCAAUUACCGCAGCAACGCUGAUGAGAAGCAUUGUGUUCUUGGUGGCUCCUUUCGUUCCAAACACCGCUGGAGCAAUGUUAGCAGCCUCAGCACUGACAGCGGCAUUGUGGGAGGGAGUGAAGAGAGGGACAACACUGAUGCCAGCAGCGGAGGAGCACCAAGGAUGAGGUCGGCUGAGAUGGAGCGGGCCGACAGCGGCAUCGGCCAAGCAUUGAGUCGGAAGUGGAGGAGCAAGGCGUCUGAGACGCUGGCAUCUUUGCAGGCUUGGGAAGCCCACCGGCCAUGCACUGACUGUGGGGGGAGACAUUUCCCGCUGGAGACUGAUGUCCAGAACCAGAACCAGAGGCGGGCAUCGCUCUGCGAGAAGUGCCUGAAGUGCCGCACAGAGCGGAAGGAGUCAGUGCUGGAAUUUGUGAACACAGAAGCCAGUUAUGGAGAGGACCUACGGAUCAUCAAAGAAGAGUUCUACCUUCCCAUGCAAGCUGCUGGCCUCCUAACACAGGAUCAGUUGCUGGUGGUUUUCAGCAACAUACAGGAGCUCAUUGACCUCAAUGAAAACUUUCUGGAGUACCUUCAGGAAGAGAUUGACCAGGCCUUUGAGCAGGGCGAUGAUGACCUCAUGACUGUGUGCAUUGGUGAAAUAUUCCUGGAGUUUGUCAAUAUGCUGCCAGCCUUUCAGACGUACUGUCUCCAGCAGGCGUCUUCAGUGAACAUGCUCAAUGCAUUGGAAAAAGAGAAGGAGUUGCUCAGGAUAUUCCUCAAUGUUUCCCAGAAUGACAAUACAGCACUUCGCCGCAUGAAUCUGCGGUCCUUCCUCAUGGCUCCACUGCAGAGAGUCACCAAAUAUCCACUUCUCUUGAGCCGCAUCAUCAAAGCCACCAUUGAGUACCACCCAGAUCACAGCAGCCUGAGGGAGGCCAAGAGCCGCAUUGAAUCACACUUGGAGCACAUAAACAUGAAAACCAAGCAGGAAGGGAACUCAUGGACUCUGCGUUCCUUCCGCCAGGACAGCAAAAAGAACAGAGAAGUCAUUAACAUUGAAAUGAGGGAAACGGCUAUCAAGACUGUGGGCUGGCUGCGGGAAGAAACCCGCUUUGUCAUGGAAGGGCCUCUGCAGCUGGCCCAACCACCUGAUGGGCAGUGGGUUAAAAAGGGCAGCAAGACCUUGAAAUUCCAGAACAUGCAGGUGCUCCUCAUGCUCAACAUCAGGCGUGCAUCUGAGUCUAGCUUCGAACCCGGGGAGCCAGGGCUUGUGAAAGAUGCAGUAUUGAUACUUAUUAAGGACAAAAACAAUGGGAAGUUCAGUUUGCUCAGGGAUCCCUUGAGACUCAGUAACUGUGUAGUCUCUGUGGAUCCUGACUGCGACGAUACAUUUGAACUUCUUGAGAUUAGGCGGGAGUCUUUUGUGUUCCGAGAUGGUGACAAGGCACGGACUCGCCACUGGUUCAGACAGAUACGGAGGUACUCUCAGGAGCUGGGCUCCUGGAAGAAGCGGCGGAAUGCCUUGCCCAACAUCAUGAUAAGUGCAUCUCACAAUAGGCCAUGAGAGGAUCCCUGACUGUGAAAUGACUUGGCUGUGCUCAGAAAUUCUACUAGACCUGCUUUGGGGUGAAUAUCUCCUUUUCAGUGGAGUUGCACAAAUGAUGAACUUCACCUGGCCAAUUUUCAUCAGAGCUACCUAUGAUGACUUCUGUUUUCUACCAAGGAGGAGUUUGUGAAGAGUACCAUUUUAAUCAGUGUUUCUCAAAUUCUAGGAAAAUUGUGCCCCAUUUUUAAAUGUUAGAUCUUCCAUACAAUCCACCCUAGAAACCUCAUUGGGUAUAGCCACCUGACUCCUACAACAUUUAUGCCCAUUUUGCUCCCAGCUAGUGGUUCCUACCCACACAGCUGCACACCCACCAUUCAUCUUCUCAACGGCUACACAGCCACCGCCACCACCACCCUGUCAUGAUCUGUAGCCUGAGGUAACCCCCCAGCAGCCAGUGACUGACAAUUCCUUUCAUCCCUUUCAGCAAAUCCGCUGAAGUAGAAACUCACAUUGUGGGAAAUUGUGGGCCUCUUUAUAGACCUAUCAAUAAGACAUACAAAAUUCUGUCCCCCUUUCUUAUGAGUGUCCUACAAACUGUUCCUGGAGGCCCAGAUUCCCCAUUUUUAGAAAUGUCUGAAGAGGUGAUAAAGUGAAGGUCCCAUUGAAAGAGAACUGCCCAAAGAGGUUGUUAUCUUGAGAGGAGUCUUGUAGCCGCCUCACUGUUCAAAGUCAUUUUCGAAGCUGGUAGCAAAAGGAAAAAGUGUUGUUAGUUUGAAGGCUGCCUGUUAAGUGUGGAAUGAAGGUUCAAUCUAAGGGACCACACAGGAACUGUAGAAACAUAAGGGGUUCUCUGGCUCGCCAAGAGAAUCAUUUCACCACACCUUGGCAAAUGGCCUGAGGAGAAAUCAGAGGAGGUUCUUAAGUGGCUAAAUUGAGAUUCUGGUUAAUAGGAAUUGUUUGCACAUUUUGUAAAUAGGUAUAGCAGCAAAGACAGCAAAAUGUUGUACAUUGUCUAUUCGGGGGCAAAUAGGCCUUAGCCUGUGAAGACUUGCUCAAGGGGGGGGGCUUCAGAUAUGGGGGGGUACUUGGGAUGCCUUCCUAUGUGGGGCAUAAUGGCACCAGAUCAUGAUGAGCAGGUCUCUGGAGAGAAAAUAUUGAGCUAAUAUUGUUAAUAUUGUGGGGAUAAGAUAGAGUGUGAGAUGUCUGACACUGCAUGAUUGUGCUGGGAAAAGGAAUUUUGACCAUAUAUAAUAGACUGGUUUCAUUGUGCAUAUAUUAUAACAGCAUUAGGCAACAUCCAGUCAAAUUUAGAGCAGUAUUAACCCAAGUAAAGGAGAAUGCUUAGACAGUAUAAUUAACUUCUCAUUUCAGCUUUCUCUCCUAGGAAACAUUUCCUUUACCAUUUUUGUUAGCUUUUCUUUAAAUAUCAAUUUUCUAGUUCCAUCCUCAUGCCUAAAUAGGAACCAGUUUACUGAGCUUUACUUUGCACUGAAUGCAUGUAACAUGUACAUUGAAAGGGAAGCUGAAAUAUAUUCAGAGUUCACCCAUGAACAUUCCAGAAUAUCUGUAGAAUCCUGUGGAUAAGCAAUACUCUCUCUCUUUAAGGAUCACUGCAUUUGUUUGUAAAUGGUUAAAAAUCCAUUGUAUACAUCCAAGGAAUGUGUUAACAGCAGAAAUAGUUCAGAACUGUGCUUCUCUUAAGAAGGCUCAAUUACCUCUUCUACUUUGUGAUUAUUUAAAUGAUGUAAUCUAAUGUAUGUCAGAAUUUUAAUUAAAAAGGAAUCAGUUACAUUAUUGUAGAUUAACAUAAAAUGUUUUAAUAAUUAUGUUACCUUGUGCUAUGAUUAAGGUUUUUUUCAUUUUCCGUACCAGAACAUUCCUACCUCAGAGACAGGUGAGAAUUUUUUUAAAAAUGAGGCCCUGUAGAACACACCAGUGUGGGUACUAUUGAGGUGCAGUGUCCUGAAAUAAGCACUUUUCAUGAAAAUAAAGAA